CAAUAUUUUUUUUUUUUUUAGUCCAAUGCAAGGUGCACUAUCUUAAAAAACUAACACUGAAAUUUCAGAGAGGAAAUCAGUCUAGAAGUUGGUUAAAAUUGAUUAUUAAUCAACGCAUUCAUUAUUAAUGGUAUGACCUUGAGGUCACUCUAAAACAAAGACAUCGAGGUUUUCAUUAAAAAUGUCAUAAAUUGCUUAUUUUUUCACCUAUUUGAACCAUUUUGGCACCAGGUUGAAGAGCACAAAAAGCUCUUUCAUUUGGUGUGUAUGCUGCCAUCUAGUGGUAGGUCUGAGUAAUGCAUCUCUUCUGUGAACUCAUUUGGUAGCUGCUAUACUCAAAUUCAUCGCCAUUUAUUCUGCAAUUACUUCGUCAUUUACUAUUUCAUUCAUCAUGGGUCGUGCUAAGAAGGGCUAUGUGAGUAAGAAGAAGGUUUUCAGAGGAAUAUCAAGGCAUGACGUGAAGAAAUUAAACAUUCAAGCAGCUGCCAAGCUGUCAGAAGACACUGCUUCCAAGAGGAAGCUAAUUUCUCAUUUCAGUCCCACUCAUAGGGUUUUGAGUGGGGGCAUGGUGGGUCAUCUCAUCAUUCAUGUCCUCCAGUUGAAUGCAGCCCUGGAAGUUUUCCAAGACCAUUUCUGUCAAGGAGGACACCUUCAGUUGUUAGAAGAGCACGCUAAACGUCGAGGCCUCUGUAGUUCUCUUCUUCUUCAGUGCACCGGGUGCAAGAUGGAGCAUCGCUUCACAUCUUCCCCCAAUGCUGUGGCAGAGGGAGCAGGUCAAUCCGCAGAAGUUAACAAAAGAUCUGUUUUGGCAGCCUGUGAAGUGGGCCUUGCCAGGGAAGCCCUAGCAGACUUCUGUGGAUACAUGGACAAGAGCUACCAGGACCACAUAUACCGUCUGCACUUGGAGACGAACGAGGUCUGUGAAACUCAGAUGAAAGAGGCCGGUGAGCGAGUUCGGGAGGUGGUGCUGAAUGCCAACCCGGAGCUGAAUUCGGAUGACGUGCUGGACGUGGCAGUGUCGUACGAUGGAACGUGGCACAGAAGGGGUUUUGUAUCAAAUCAUGGGGUGGGGAUAGUAAUGAGUAUGGACACUGGUGAGGUUCUUGAUAGGGAAGUUCUUUCUAAAAUAUGUAAAGCAUGUCAGUCGCGAAAAAGCUGGGAUAGGGAGGGGGAGGAAUACAUAAAGUGGUGGGAUGAUCAUAAACAUAGUUGUUUGGGAAAUCAUGUGGGAAGUAGUGGUAGCAUGGAACCUGAAGCAGCUAAAAUAUUGUGGGGGAGAUCUGUAGAAAAGCAUAGGUUGAGGUAUAAGUACGUCAUUUCUGAUGGGGAUGCUUCAACUUUGAAAUCAAUUAAAAAAACGUACGGGGAUGCAGGGGAAGUUAAGAAAUAUGAUUGUAUUGGGCACGUAGGGAAGAGAAUGUUCAAUGCAUUAGAUAAGUUUCGUAAGGAUGGGGAUCAUUCGGCAAGUGAAAAGAAGAUGAUGAGGAAAGGUAACGGUCAUUUAUGGGGUACUUCAGAUACUGGGACUGUAGGUCGAAUGAGUAGAUUAUAUAGAACUACAAUUAAAGAAUGUCAAGAUCGUACUGUGAUGAGGGAUGAAGAAAAAAGAGCAAGGGUUGUAGAGAAUAUGCAACGGAGGGUAUUGGCUAUUCUUUAUCAUUCAUGUAAAAGUGAUGAUAAUGAAGCUCGCCACCAGUACUGUCCAGACAAUGGCUUUUGUGAGUACAGAAACAAAGGCACAAUGAGUGACGAGGACCACCAUCUAGAUGGUCGGUUCCUCGAACUUCUCAAGCCUGUCUUUGUGCGACUUAGUAACAAAGAUCUCAUCGAGAGAUGCGUCCCAGGUUACACCCAAAACCAGAAUGAGAGUUUCCAUUCUCUUAUCUGGAAACGGUGCCCUAAACACCUGUGGAGAGGUCCACGAAUGGUUGCCCUUGCUACCAACAUGGCAGCUUUGGCAUUCAAUUGUGGCGCUGUGAAAGGUCGCAACAGAAUACUUGUACGAAUGAACCUAGAAAUGGGAGCUCACGCAUUGUCAGUUGCAAGUAAAAAAGAUAAAAGUAGAUUGUGUAAUGCAGAAUUAAAGGCUAGGGUGGUAACUAAAAGGAAAAGGGAAGUAGAGAGAAGGGCUAAAAAGAGGGCAGAAGAAGAGUAUGUUGAGGUGGAGGGGGUGACUUAUGAGGCGGGUGCGUUUUGAUUUUUAUAUAUUUUGUGUAUAUAUAUUAUGUUUCCAGGUGUAAAUAUUAAUUGAUCUAUAUAUAUUAUUUUAAUUUAUGUGCCACUUAUUUAAUUUCCAAUUGAUUGUUUCUAUGUACAUGUACUUGUAUAUAUUUAUCAUUUUUGUUUUGAUAAGACCAGCCACACUGCCACGUCCUUCGCUCUACAUACCUCCAGCUGGGUCUCCGAAGCAUCGACGCUAACCAAAGGGAUCCAGCUUCUUUUGUAGUAUAGUUAUUAAUUUUUAAUUAAUUUGACUCCUUUUUAUGCAUAUUUUUGGAAACAUUAAUGUAUAUAUUUUGAAUGAAAUGUAAAUAAUUGAAAUUUGAAUUAAAUUACACAUUUAAUUUCAUAUAAUGAUGCAUUUUUCUAAUUAUUUGGCUAGGCAUAAUGCAGUACGUUGUGUAUAUGUACAAGUGAGAUGUGAUAUCCUUUUUAUUUCCUUUGUUUUCUCAAAACGUCAAAAUUGCAGGAAGUGUGGUGUACUAAAAUGAGGAUAUCUGCAGAAUGCUGAAUGGGAAUGAGCUGAGACUUUGCAAGAUGAUAGAUGAAAUAAUGCUCUGCAAUCUGAUGGAAGCUUUUCCUCUCAUCAUGCAUAAUUAGCGAGUAAUUAGCUCAUGAAUACAUAAUGAGGCAAUCUUUUCCGUGAUUGGUUGAUGAAAAAAUAUUUUAAAAAAUCAUAUAAAAAAAACCACACAGAGGAUAGUAAAAAGCUUCCAUGGGAUUCCAGAACACCUCUUUAGAAAGCUUGUGACCAAUUUUGAGAGUGAUUGAAUAGUGGGAUUUCGUUUGAGGUGUGAUUUAGUGAAUGACCUUGUAUUGGUAAUUAAUUAGGUGAUUACGAUAAUGAGGUUCGUGUAGAGUCCAAAUAAAUAUAUUUAAAUUGUGGGUUUUUUCAUAACCUAUCCAUCUAUAUAUAACUUUAAGUGGAUUAAAUUAACUUUUAAAUGCAUAAUUAAUC